CCAGCCUUUUUGUAGCAUAGUCUCUAGCGGUGAUGGCGGGCAGACAGUUUGCGUGGAGCGGGGCGGCUCUUCUCCAGCUCCUUCUUGGCGUGAACCUGAUAGUGUUGCCCCCCACCCAGGCCCGGAGUCUGCGCUUCGUUACUUUGCUGUACCGACAUGGAGACCGUUCACCAGUGAAGACAUAUCCCAAGGACCCCUAUCAGGAAGACGAGUGGCCUCAGGGGUUUGGUCAGCUAACCAAGGAGGGGAUGCGGCAGCAUUGGGAGCUGGGCCAGGCUCUGCGGCAGCGCUACCACGGCUUUCUCAACACCUCCUACCACCGGCAAGAGGUUUAUGUGCGAAGCACAGACUUUGACCGUACUCUCAUGAGUGCUGAGGCCAACCUGGCUGGACUCUUCCCUCCCAACGGGAUGCAGCGUUUCAACCCAAAUAUCUCUUGGCAACCUAUCCCCGUCCACACUGUGCCCAUCGCUGAGGAUAGGCUGCUGAAGUUCCCAUUGGGCCCAUGUCCCCGUUACGAGCAGCUGCAGAACGAGACCCGACAGACACCAGAGUAUCAGAAUGAGAGUAUUCAGAAUGCACAAUUUCUGGAUAUGGUGGCCAAUGAGACAGGGCUUACAGACUUGACACUGGAGACCGUCUGGAAUGUCUAUGACACACUCUUCUGUGAGCAAACACACGGGCUGGUCCUGCCGCCCUGGGCCUCACCCCAAACCAUGCAGCGUCUGAGCCGGCUAAAGGACUUCAGCUUCCGCUUCCUCUUCGGGAUCUACGAGCAGGCGGAGAAGGCCCGGCUUCAGGGGGGCGUCCUGCUGGCUCAAAUACGGAAGAACCUGACCCUGAUGGCAGCCUCUUCCCAGCUCCCUAAGCUGCUGGUUUACUCUGCGCAUGAUACCACCCUGGUUGCUCUGCAAAUGGCACUGGAUGUCUACAAUGGGGAACAGGCCCCGUACGCCUCCUGCCACAUAUUUGAACUGUACCAGGAAGAUAACGGGAAUUUCUCAGUGGAGAUGUACUUUCGGAAUGAGAGUAAUAAGGCUCCCUGGCCACUGGUCCUGCCUGGCUGCCCUCACCGCUGCCCACUGCAGGACUUCCUUCACCUCACAGAGCCCAUCGUGCCCAAGGAUUGGCAGCAGGAGUGUCAGCUGGCAAGCGGCCCCGCGGACACAGAGGUGAUCGUGGCCUUGGCUGUAUGUGGCUCCAUCCUCUUCCUCCUCAUAGUGCUGCUCCUCACCGUCCUUUUCCGGAUGCAGGCCCAGCCUCCUGGCUACCGCCACGUCGCAGAUGGGGAAGAUCACGCCUGACAACCACUCAGCCCCCUUCCCUCUGCCUCCUAGGGGAGGUGGGCUGGGCCCUUGCUCCUGACUGUUGCUGCUCCCCAGCCCAUGGACAGGAGACCCUGGGUUGGCCUCCCUCUGAUAACCCCAACCUAGAUGAACAAGUGGGACUCGACUUGGCCUGUGGCACCUGUCACUCAGCAUUCACGUGCCUCCCUAUUCACCAAGUACUGUGUUGGACUUGGGCUUUCUCCAGACAAGAUUUGCCUCCACCAUGCUUACUAAGGACCAGGAGUGUAGACAAGUGUUCAAGUUUCACUCAGGACCUGGGAUUGAAAAACUGAAGGACUUAGUGCUUGAUCUGCCUCAGCCCUGCCGAUCAAGCCUUGCUCUCUCUUGCAGCCCGCAGUCUUUGGCAGACGGUUCAGAGGACGCAGUCUUGCCUCUCAGUGCUUAUUUUAGUGGGAAAAACUGCACAACAUUGGGGGUACAGACAUCAGCCACCAAGGAACCAAAUUGUCCAGAGGUCAGCCAGCCAAGUUCUCCUUUGUCCCCCUGAAGCCACCAUUAGAGUCAGACAUAAUGCUUCAGGCGUCUCUGUCACCCUGCAGUUGGAGCAGGUCAGAAGGGUGUUUGGACCGGGGAAGGGGUGGGGGAUGGGGGAAGGGGCGUGAGUUAUGGUACAGUCAUGACACUACAAUCCCUCUCAGCUAGGCUGGGGUCUCCAGGGACCAGAGGCAAAUGCAGGUUGUGAGCUGGACAGCUUGUGACUGUGGUCCAGAAUGGGGCUAAGGCAGCUGCCAGAGAAUGAAAGUUCUAGACUCUUAGCACUGUUUCUGUGCCUUUUCUUCAUUUAGGGGCCCCAAGGAGCCCUUUGACCAGGUCAGUGCUGGAAGAUCCACUCAGCAGCUCAGUUGGGUAUGGUUUUAUUAGCCACGUCAAUAGUGAGCACAAACUGAAAACCACUGCCUGACCACUCUGUCACUGCACGUCAGAGAAUAGAAAAGUACCUUGGCUCCAGGACAAGCUUGGCUCCAGGCUAGAUAGAGCAGGGACCCUUGGGGCACCUGGGGCACCAACCCUGGAGAAGUUUCUGGAGCUAAGCCCAGAGCAGUAACAUGCCAGUGUCCCAGUCCCACAGUGUCCCAUGCCACAGUGUCCCUGCUCCAACCCUAAGACUUGGAUACCUUUGGCCCUUUAAAACACAGCCGCCUCUUCUCACAGGAUUUGUUCCCAGGCAGCGCCAAGCUCUGGCUUGGCCCACACCUUCAUUAAUGUCUCUCAUGUCCGCCUUCCAGCUUCCUCCUGGCUCCAAAUGAGAAUGUGAUAACCUAGGAGGAGUGAGACCAGUCUGACUUGGACCUUCCAUGAUCAGUCUCUGAGAAUUUGGGGGGCUGGCCCAGGGAACCUAGGACUUGGUCAGGAAAUACCAGGAAACAGGACAGCAGCCAGGCAUUGUCACGACCAAGAUAAGGCAAGAGGCAUGGAGGGCCUAGGCCAAAGAGUCCACUGUCUCCUGGAAAUCUUUACUGACACCUACCCUGGGGUGACUGGCAGGGCUAAGCUGAGGGGGGCCUGCACUCAACCUGGGGGAGUAGGGUAGGGCUUGGCCAAUCUGAGAUACAGCCUGCUUCACUCACCCAUCACAGAGGCCAGCGUGUCCCCCAUGGAAUUGAACUCAUUGAGCUGCAGAGACAAGGGCAUAAGCAUCAGGAGGAGGUGAGGUAUUGGGAGAAGCGCACGUGAGGACUGCACACAUUUCUGGUCGUUUUUGGUCAGUGAAGGUAGGUUGAAGCCCUGCUUCCUCCCAUCAUUUGAGGGCCCAAACCUCACCGAAAUGAUACCAGAAGAUUCUGGGUCAUAGAGCUGAUACAUCAUCUUCCCUGAGUUUCCAUCAAACACAUCGAUGGUCCUUAAUUCAUGGGGUGUACAGCUUUUGAAAUUAGGAUCUGGGUACCGGCCCACGACAAUGAGGUUGUACCGAGGAUGCCAGGUUGCCUAGGAGAUGGAGAGUUGUCAUGAGAGUAAAUGCAGAGUACUAUAAAGAGGGACAUCAAAAGUAUUCUUUGCCACUCACAACUGUUAGUACAAUUGCCAGCAAUUUAAUAAUGGAGAUAAGACCCACACGAAACUACAAGAACAGCUUUCAAGUGCUUACGCAUCCACCAUCCCAAAUUUUUAAUCGCAAAUUGGCCUCUCUGGACCUUGGGACACCUUCAGGCCUCUGGACCUUGGGACACCUUCUUUCGUGUUUCCUGAGAUCAUACCAACUGAUAAAUGUUUUAACAUCAGCUUGACCCAGACAUUAAUCAAAGAGGUAAGCCUACAACCAAGCAAAACGUCUCUGGUAACCAAACCAAAUAGGAUAUAAACUCUGAAGUAAUCCCACUACUGUCCCUCCUCCAUCAACGCGAAUGACGAAGAGUUGAGCAGAAAACGGCUAGUGGCCAAGAAAGGGAAGGAGCCCUGUGUUGCCAAAUUACCGCCCUCAACAAAUCUGGCAGUCGGAAUGACAGAAUCACAUGGGGUUUUCCUAAGAAAUCACAAGGAAGUGUUGAAGGAGGAAAGACCUGGUUAGCAGGAAGGACAGAGUGGUACGUGCUAUGGCUUGGAAAUAAGUCACAAGUCUCGCCUGGGCAGCUGGAAAUUGUCCUGGCUGAAUACAAAGUGGAAGAUGACACGUGGAUCAGUGGGAGCCAACCAGUGAGGAACCCUUGUUCUUAAGAGCUUGGAUUUGAUUUGAGGUAUGUGGGAGCCACUUUAGUAUUAAAUGAUCACUGCUGACGUGGUACUUCCCAGGCACUAGACAUGUGUUUUAAGUAUACGGAUUCUUCCAACAACCCUGCCUGUCAGAUACUGUCAUUUGCUUUUUGGAGAUAAGGAAACAUCCAAAAUUGAAGCGGCUUACCCAAGGACUCUAACUGGGGGUGUGGGCCUGCCUGAAGCUGGUGCCCCCACCACUAUGCUCUGUUGACGAAAGAACUACAGGCAUGAAACCUGGAGGUCUGAAAAGGGGCUGCGGUGUUAGAAAAAGAACAGAAACCGGGAGAGCAGAGGAACGGGCAGAGUUGAGGCUGCCUGGGGCGUGGGCAGGAAGGAAUCUGAAGACUUAAAGACUGUCAGCCUUGGGGGCUGAGGUCAGCUGGGGCGCCAGCAGCACACGCAGGUAACUGGAGGUGAGGGCAGAACAGCUGGGAGGUGGGCUGGGACGAGGAAGAGAGCUUAUGGGAGACAAAGAAAACACAGCACAGUGGGAUUGCAGAAGGGGGACAGAAGUUGCAGAGAGUGCCCAGAGAGAAGAGACAGCUUCGUGAGGGUGCAGGAUGAGAUCUGGGAUUAGGGAUUCCAGAUCCGGCCUCUCCCAACCUCAGGUAGACCCAGUCCGUCCAAGUGAUCACAGCUCCCUGCCUCCCUCACUUACCUUGAUGGGCGUCAGGUGCUGGAAGUGGCGGUGAGGGUGUGGGAUCAAGCUCGGAGGGCAGUCCCACUGGGAGGCCGAAUAAACCCGGAGCUCACUCUUCUGGUCAGUGGUCAGGAGCUGGGCUCCAUCGGGACUGAAACAAGCUAGCAAGUGAAAAGCCCCAGAGCUGAAGGAAACCCAGGCCCUUGUUAUCCUGGCUGCCACAGGCCUUCUCCUGCAGGGGCACCCUCUCUCCCACUCCUCUCUAGAUGGGGGUGGAAGGGAGGAGGUGAAUCUGGACUGUGAACAAAAACAUUCUAGAAACGGGGCGCCGGGGUGGCUCAGUCGGUUAAGCUGCCAGACUCUUGAUUUUGGCUUGGCUGGGUUCGUUAUCUUAGCUUCCUCGCUCAGCGGGAAGUCUGCUUGUCCCUCUGCCUUUGCCCCUCCCCCUGCUUGUGCUCUCUCUCAAAAAAAUAAAAUAAAUCUUAAAAAAAAAAA